UUUUGUGAUGUUGGCAAAUGAAAACAUGUUGGCAAUCCUGCUCAACAGCUGAUUGUUUACACUCCGCCCUUACUGUCAGUAGCUGAGCUGCUCUGUGCAGCUGUAUUGAUUGCAUUGAUUUAGUGUGGUGGUGGUGCAUGUACAUGGAAAACAUGCUAGAACUGUAGAGUUUUGAAGACUUUUCUCAUUUCAAGGAGAAGCUUAGUUGUUGAAUAGUGCCGCAUUAACUUUUUCAGUGCAAUGGCUCUGUACCCACAAUAAGGAAACACAAUUUCUAAAACCGUCACCAAUGUCUGUCGCAACCAGUCUCUCCGUGCCUGUUGUGUUAUGGGGCAAAACAGCUCCUACACAUUGUAUAUCAUGUAUUCUUCUAUCUCGAGAUCAACGUACCUUGGCCACAGGUUGUUACGACGGGCAAAUAUGUUUAUGGCAAGUGGAUCCUGACACAUUGAAGAUGACUCCAAGAUGCUUAUUGGUAGGACAUACUGGACCUGUUUUGUGCCUAUCCAAGGCCAGUAUCAUGAGUGAUAACAAUUUCAUUGUUAGUUCAUCAGAAACAGGAGAAAUGUGCACUUGGGAUUUGGUUGAUGGAAAAUGCUGUGAAGUUGUAAAAUUGCCCUAUGUUCACACUAAUAUUCAGGCUUAUCAUCUAUCUGGCCAGGAUGAUGUAAGGUUAUUCUGCAAUGGUUAUUAUGCUGAAGUACUUGUUAUGGACCCUUUUAGCUUAGAAAUUGUCUUCACAUUAAAAGAUGUGGUGCUUGCCUUGACUACAACUGGCACUGUGAAAGUCUGGACUUUAACUGGUCAAGAAAAUAAAGCUUCUGAACCAUUGUUUGAAAAUGAAAGCAAACAGAUUCGUUGUUUGAAUGCCCUUAGCAUGACAUGCUGUGCAUAUAAUCAGCGCACUGUGCUUGUGUUGUGUUCAAAGUUUUGGCAGAUCUAUGACGCUGGUGACUUCUCUGUUUUGUGUUCUGUGAUAUCUCCACGCGGUGAGCGAUGGUUAGGUGGUGAUUUCCUGGCAACAGAUCGUGUGAUAGUGUGGAGUGAUGAAGGAAAAGGCUACUUGUAUAAACUUCCAGCCAAAGGAGACAGUGAAGGUCAAGUGUUAGCUUGGGCGGUUCCUGAUGUGUCUAGUUCGCAGUUAGCCCAACUCCGUCAAGAAGAAUUUGCUAGACCUCCUGGCAUGCCUCCUAUGGUAACUACUAGCUUAACCAAAGCUUGGGCUGACAUGAAACCACCUCCUGUUGGUAUUCUAGAUCAGUUGGAUUCUGGGGAUCUUCCUGGUGUGAAAUUGACAGCUAGCAUCUAUCUCUCACAGCAAAAUAGAUUGGUUGUGGGUAGGGAAGAUGGUUCUAUUAUUAUAGUUCCAGCUACACAGACAGUAUUACUUCAACUCUUGCAUGGAAGACACCAACAGUAUGAUGAUUGGCCUCCCCAUCAGCUACUUCCAGGCCAUGCUGGGCGGGUGAAUUGUUUAUUGUACCCUCAUCAUCACCAUCCACGCUAUGAGCGCUCUCAUCUUGUAUCUGGUGGUGUCGACUUUGCUGUCUGCUUGUGGGAUUUGUAUGCUGGGACGUUGUUGCAUAAAUUUUGUGUGCACGCUGGAGAAAUAACGCAGCUCUUGGUACCCCCACCAAAUUGUACUCCUCGUAUUCAAACAUGUGUGUGCAGUGUGGCUUCUGACCAUUCAGUAACUCUGCUGAGUCUAACCCAGAGACGUUGCUAUGUACUAGCUUCACGGCAUCUUUUCCCUGUUGUUUCUAUAAAAUGGAGACCUUUGGAUGAUUUUAUGGUUGUGGGAUGCAGUGAUGGAACAGUUUAUGUAUGGCAAAUGGAGACAGGUCACUUGGAUCGUGUCCUCCAUGGCAUUGGUGCUGAGGAGGUGCUGUUUGCAUGUGAUGAGACAGCAGCUGCAGGAGCAUCUGGUGGUGGGGCUGCUGCUGGGGAAGUGGGGCUUGCCAAUCCAGCUGUGCACUUUUUUAGAGGUCUUCGUCAUCGUAAUCUUUCUGCAAUUCGCCAUGCCACACAGAGAGGUCUUCAUCAGUUGCAACAGUUACAUCAGGGAGCCCACCAAGAUCCAGGCGAUGUCCCACGGCCUCGAGGUCUACCAUUAGAUGUGCAAGGAUUGCGUACAAAUCCUCGUGAUCCUGAAGCUCACGUAUUGUGCUUUGAUAUUGAAGCACUAAUUGUCCAGUUGCUGACGGAGGAGUAUGGUGCUAUGAGUCCUGGCUCUUUGGAGGCUCAAGGGCUCAUAAGUCGUGCAGAAUACCAGAAAGUUGCAGCACUCACCAUGUCUGCUUCACCAGAUGCUCACAAGAAAAUUGCAGACUUCUUUGGACGUGUCAAGGACAAAGCAGGAGAUGUUGAACGUAUUCUCAAGGAGAAAGAUCGCCAUGGUAUAUUGGCCAAGAUGAAGGAAGGUGCAGAGAAUGUGCAGACUAAACUUCAAGCCAAAGCUGAAAGUGUGGGCUUUAGGCCAGUAAAUAUGGAUGGUCGUGAUGCUGCUGGUUCUCCUGGCGGGAGUGGAGGCAGUGGUGCACGGUCUGGCAUUGGGGGCACCGCAGGGAGGUGGAAUAGUGUGAGUGCAGAAUCGGCCAUGGCUUCUCCUUCCAUGGAAGUGGCGCAAUUGCUGCUUUCUCUUCUUCACGCAUGGGGGAUGGAUCCUGAUUUGGACAGAGUGUGUGAAACGAAGUUGGGUUUGUUACGACCUAUGCUACCUGUUUCUUUUGGUGUCGUCUCCAAAGGAGGUUAUAUGUCAUUGCUGCUUCCAACAUGGCUUCCACAAGCCUUGACUGGUGAAACUGUUACUACAGAAACAGCACCUGCUACAUUAGCGACUGGUGGAACACCUGGAGGCCUCGAAAAGGAUUUACCUCCAGAAUUGGUACGGAUGGAAAGAUCAACACGUCUCUUCACAGCACGUGCACAUUGGGAACUCAGUACUACAUUAACAUCGACACAUCUUCUGGCAGUUGUGGCUUUGGCCAAUACUCUGAUGGCAAUGAGCAAUGCUUCUUUUGUACCUGAACAGGAGAGAUCACGCAAACAAGCUACACGUUCUUCACUUGGCUGGGCUAGUAAAGCAGAACAAGAUAGUGAAGAACUUUGGACUGCUCAACAAGCUCAGAUCAAGCAGGGAUGGAGCUUGCUGGCAACUCUCCACUGCGUGCUUCUUCCAGAUAAAGUUGCAGCAGCUGGUUCUCGCACAUUCAAACGUCCUCAGGUGGAAAUGCUGGCACGACGUUGGCAACAUCAUUGUUUGGAAGUCCGUGAAGCAGCUCAAGCUCUUUUGCUAGCAGAGUUAGGUAGACUUGGUCCACGUGGGCGGAAGGCUCUGGUGGAUGCAUGGGCCCCUUACGUGCCAGCCUAUGGGACUGCACCUGGUGACACUCAUGCUCCCCAGACAGCUGGUACCACUGCAUCCCAAGCCAACUCAACUGGUGCCAAAGCUUGGGCUCGUAAACCAUGGAGCACAGCAGAGUUACGUCGUAAACAGACUACAGCAGUUGUGUUGCUUGGUGUUAUCGGAGCUGAAUUUGGACAAGAUGCUGCUGCUGAAGCUUCAGCUGCCCCUGUCCAUCUGCCAACUCGAGAACAACAGCGGCGCAAAAGCUCUGUGGUGGAAGGAUUUGGGCUAGGGCAUAACAGUCUUGCCCGGAGAACUAGUCUUGCCUUGACUCAUCUGCUGCUAGCAGAACCAUCUCCACAGUUACCGGCUCACACACAACUGCGACGAGCAGCAAUUGAUUUAUUGGGACGUGGCUUUACUGUUUGGGAACCACACUUGGAUGUAACAAAAGUUCUGCUUGGAUUGCUUGAAUUGUGCUGUCAUGCUGAUAAACUGGUUCCCAGUAUGACGUAUGGGCUUCCUCUGUCCCCGGCUGCAGACUCCUGCCGUACAGCAAGGCACGCUUUGACACUCAUUGCCACUGCACGUCCUGCAGCUUUCAUCACCACAAUGGCACGAGAAGUUGCUCGUUACAAUACUUUGCAACAAAAUUCACAAGCUCUGAAUGUCAAUUUACAUUCAAGUGUAUUGCACAGAGCUAAACCAGAAAUAUUGCGAGGUGUUGAAUUACUAAUUGACAAGAUGCAAAGUGAAAUGUCAGACUUACUAAUCGAGGUGGUAGAUAUUGUGCUGCAUUGUGUUGAUCCUGGCCAUUUGAAACAGCAGCGUUUGAAUGAAGUAUUCCCUGCAGUGUGUCGCUUUCAACAAGUAUCUCAUUGUCCUCAUACUCGACGUAUUGCUGUGGGUGCUCGCUCAGGACAAGUAGCACUUUAUGAGCUUCGCUCAAAUCGUUGUCAGACAGUGUCUGCUCACUCUUCUUCAGUUACAGCAUGUGCAUUUUCACCUGAUGGGAAAUUUCUAGCCACCUACAGUUGUCAGGAGAAUCGACUGUCAUUUUGGCAGACAUCCACUGGAAUGUUUGGACUGGGUAAUUCCCAGACUCGAUGUGUGAAAUCCUAUUCUACUGCUCCUAUACCGGACAUGUCUCGUCUCAACCCUGCGCGACUUGCUCGUCUGGUUUGGAUCAAUAAUCGAACUGUAGCUCUGAUGUUGGCAGAUGGAUCAGAAACUCGUUUCAAUGUGUAGUUUGUCAAGCACAAUAUUAUAGUAAUUUACUUAUUUGUAUAUACAUACACAGUAAUACAUUCCUCCUACUGCUGUUGGUAAUCAUUGUACUCAUUGUUUAGUGUCAAAUACAUUAUAUUGUUGACCAUUUCUGUAACUUGUUUAUGUGAUACGUAAAAUGUUUCUUAAUUUCUUCUUGUUCCUUAGGAGCUUCAUCAAACACCUUUCAAUUAUUGGUUAGUUUUUUGUUGUUCAAUUCUUCAUAUAUAAAACAUUAGUUGUUUCAUCUUUUCAUACUUUUGCAGCUGGGGGCAGAUAUGAGUUUUAAAUGUUUCAAUAAUGUAGCCAAUUUUGUUUGAAACAAGAGAGUUUUAUUAAUAACAUUAAUGUUAAUGCAGUUAAUGAUAAUGCAAUUAAUGGUAAUAGUCCUUCGUG